AUGUCAUCCACUUUCCAGCUGAUGAAUAGCAAUCUGGACUAUGAUGUCCUGAUUGUAGGCGCUGGCUUGUCGGGCAUCUGCAACCUCUACCACUUGCGCCGGCUGGGCUUACGUGUCAAGGUCCUCGAGGCGGGUGAAGGCGAGGGCGGGACGUGGCAUUGGAACCGCUAUCCAGGAGCAAGAUUCGACUCAGAAUCGCUCAGCUAUACUUUCAGCUUUUGCCAGGAGGUCCUCGACGAAUGGAGUUGGAGCGAGGCAUUUGCCGGCCAGCCGGAGACGUUGAGGUACAUCAACUUUCUCGUCGACAAACUAGACCUACGGCGGGACAUGCAGUUCAACACAAAGGUUGAAUCCCUCCAGUUUCGGGAGGAUAGCAAUUCGUGGCUGGCAAAGGACACACAGGACCGGCAAUACACUGCUCGCUUUAUCGUCACCGCCGUCGGUCUCCUCAACGUGCCCACCCUGCCCGCUAUUCCCGGAGGCAUUGAUAAGUUCAAGGGUUUGUCGUGGCACACGGCCCGCUGGCCGUCCGAGCACACGCUCGAGUCCCUCAGGGGGAAGCGCGUGGGGGUGGUAGGCGUCGGCGCAACAGGCAUACAGACGGUGCAGGCCCUGCACGAGGUGGUCGGCAGCCUUGUCGUCUUCCAAAGAGAGCCAAACUGGACCCUGCCCAUGCGCAAUUCGUCGAUCUCCCCAGAGGAGAUGGAGACGCUGCGCAAGCAGUGGCCCGAUGUUUUCAAAAUAUGCAACGAUUCGCCAGCUAGCUUUGCUCAUCCCGGUAACUUCACAACUUCCAAUGAUUAUACCGAAGAGCAGCUGGUGGCAUUGUGGGAGGAUACGUACAAAAAGCCAGGGUUCGCAAAAGUGGUCUCGGUGCCGUUUGACUUCCUGAUGGAUCGGGCGGCAAACAAGAAAUACAGUGAUUUUAUCGCAGAAAAGAUCAAACGCCGCAUCAACGACCCAUCGCUGGCAGAAAAGAUGAUACCAAAGCGGCACGGUAUCGCAGGCAAAAGAGUUCCGCUGGAGACCAACUACUAUGAGGCUUUCAACGAGCCCAACGUACGACUAGUAGACUUGAUAACCCGGCUGGCUAUCGACAACAACCACCCGCCUGUGCCGUCGAGCCCACACUUGUUGGGAACUUCGUCUACAUGGCUACAAACGACCGACAGCACCGCUGGUUGGACACAGGCCCCUCUCGACGAAGAGCCGUCAACUGCCGUCAGACGAAUCCUCCGUGCGCCUGAAGGCACGGGGUCGCGUCAGUCAAACAACCCUGUAAGCAGGGCCGGGCACGAACCCGGUCAGGCUCGAUUCGCUUCUAUGCCCUUGUUUUCCGCUGUGUAA